AUGGUGAAUGAAAAAUCUAGUUGUACAAAUACGGGGAGGAGUAAGGAAGAGCCGCACCAUUCCUCACCAACUGAGCGUGGUAACUCACUGAGGAGAGAAAGACAAGAGGGAACAUACAGAGCUCAAGGUAAGCUGGAGAACUGUUGGGUGAUAUUGAGAAAGAUGAUUGCUUGCAACUUUAGUGAGUGGGGUUUAUCUUAAUUGCAUCAUGGGCUGAAUUUUGUCAUAUUUGUUUGGCAUUUGUCCUAAAAGCAGCACCUUAAAGCUGGGUCAUGGAGCUUUGCCCUUUGUACAGUAAGAAGGUCGAAGCACAUCCUUCAAAGCAGGUGUGCCGACUUUGACUUUGAAGCAUCCCAGCCGUGGCAAAAGCUUGGCCUGCUCUUAAUGAGUUCCAGACAAACUCGAAGUGCAUCAAGAAUUUAUACGAGUACCAGAUGGCAGCUGAAAGGAGUCAAGUAGACACUUAAGUGAUUUCAAUUUGUUGCUCUUGCCUUAUCUUUGUUUGUAUCAGCUGUACAUUGUAAAUGGAUGACACUCAUGCUGAUUAACAGUUUUCCAAAGAUGUCUUAGUGGCUGCCAUGCAACACAAUGUCUGGAGCAUCAAGAGAAGCUUGCACUUACGGUUCUCGCCCAAGAACCUGAAGUGUGUGGACAGGAUUGUGUGCAACCUGUUGCAUCAGCCAGUAGUUAGUAACCUGGCAUCUGCACCAACAGCGGGGAAAAUCAAUUAUCUUCAAGUUCUUGUGUUCAAAAUGAGGUUAAAAUGUGGUACGCUCAUGUUUUGCAUGAUCAGUUUUUUCAGCACUAAAAACCAAAGUAAGCUGACGGAGAGAUGUAGUGGGAUUAGCCAUACAGGUUGCAAUCAAAGCCGGAUGAGCAGUCUGGAACUCACAACUGACAUGCAAAGUCUUAAAGUCUGAGCUUGAUGUUUGCCUUAAUGCAAUUAAAGUUGACCCAGCUCUGCAUCCUGUUGUUGGAGCUGUACAUGUGAUCGUUAGGCAAUUCAAAUCCCGGGCAUUGCUGUCUGUCUGAUCUGUCAGCAGCUAAUAACUGAUUUGAACUGUAGUGGCAUCAGUGCACAGGUAAGCAACAUCGAUUUUAGCCAUGUGGUUUGUGUAUAUGAUUUUGCAUUGGGCCUUAACAAGUCCAUCAUAGAAUGACAAUCUUGGAGAAAAAGAUAUAGGUUCCUUGAUGUAAUCAAUAAUAUAGGUCAUCACUUCCAGUGUGGUCUUAAUUCCCCAAAGUCCUCAAUCCUUUGCAAAUUCUUACAUCUUCACUGAUCCUCUUUACUUUGGGUGUCUAUCGCAUUAGGAUGUCAGUUUGCCCUACUCUUGUCUUAUCUGUCUGACACUUCGUCAAGUAGUUGUCUUUAAUCAUGUUUGUCUCCCUCUCCAUUGUAGGUAAAAUGGCACCUCUACUAAGCCUUCUCUGCAUUUUGUACCUGGUGAGUCCAGUUGUGGGCCAGGACAUGAUUUAUGAGGAAUAUGUGGCCCAGAUCCAGGCCUGCCCCAAGGAGUGCCGCUGCCCCCCGAACUUCCCUCGUGCUGUCUACUGUGACAACAAAGGCCUGAAGAGCAUCCCUAAAAUCCCCCCUUACACUUGGUAUCUGUACUUGCAGAACAAUCUCAUUGAAGCUCUGUCAGCAGAUUCACUGCGUAAUGCCACACAGCUGCGCUGGCUGAACCUAAACCGCAACAAUAUCACCAGUGAUGGAAUGGAAAAAGAUGCCCUAAAUGUCAUGUCUAAUCUGGUGCAUCUCUACAUGGAUGACAACCUCUUGUCCACCGUGCCGUCCCCCCUGCCAGCCAGCCUUGAACAUUUACGUCUCUCUCGCAAUCGUAUCUCUAAGAUCCCUGCUGGUGUCUUCAAUGGCCUGGAUAAACUGCACCUUUUGGACCUCCAGGGGAACAAGUUAAUGGAUGACGCUGUGACUGAGGUGAGCCUAAAGGGUCUAAAUAGCCUGGUGCAGAUAAACCUAGCCAAGAACCAGCUAAGCCGCAUGCCUCUUGGCUUACCACCUUCCACCACCCAGCUUUUUCUUGACGGCAACAAUAUUGAGAAGAUCCCAGCAGGGUAUUUCAAAGGUUUGCCAAAGGUGGCGUUCCUGAGGCUCAACCACAACAAGCUUGGCAGCAGUGGGAUUCCAAAGAAUGUGUUCAACGUCUCCAGCAUUUUGGACUUGCAGCUGGCCCACAACCAGCUGACUGAGGUCCCCCUUAUUCCCUCAGGCCUUGAGCAUCUUCACCUCAACCACAACAAAAUCACAAGUAAGUCUAUGACAUACUCCCGAAAUCCACAGCAGAUUUGUGCAGUAAUUUCAAUGCACCAGUGCAAUGCGGUUGUUUAUCACCUAGGGAUUGUGUAAAUCCAUUGUUAAUCCCUUAACAUCAACCAUCUUUGUGUUUUCACAGGUGUCAGUGGCUCCAAUGUAUGUCCUGUAGAUGUGGGAGAUGUGGACGACUCAGUCAACGACAGUGUUCCUCGACUGCGCUACCUCAGGCUGGAUGGCAAUGCAAUCAAGCCACCAAUUCCCAGGGAUGUCAUCCUGUGCUUCCGCCUCCUGAGGUCCAUUGUCAUCUAA